ACAACAUUGACAACUUAUUACUGCUUCAGCUUCAGCUUCAGUUUCAAAGUACAUGUACUACGGAUCUACAGAGGCGGUAGAUGGCACAAUGUCUACGAUCUAGUCACUACUGUCACAAUUGCCGGCGCACGACUACUACAACAAAUAUGUCUCGGAAAUCAAGUGGCCAGGAAACAAUGGGGCCGUAGCCUCGUCCAACAAGCAUUCACCCUCCGCCUUCGUGGCCUUCAUACCCUGGCAUUCUUUUCCAUCCUUGACCCUUCCUCAUAGACGGCAUCGGCAAAAAUGGACAAGCAGCAUUAUCAUGUCGAGGACCAUUCACAGACCAUUUUCCCGACCCUAUCCCGGCAUUCAACUUCCAUUCUGGACUUCGUCAGCCACCACCGUCUCCUCCUCACCGUGAUCUUCAGCAUCGCUACAAUUCUCCUGACGGCAUGUGUCAUUCGACUCAACCACAUCCUCACUCGCAGACCUCCUCCCCCGCCACGGUUGAACAGACCCUCACGUUCGGCCUCACAUCACUCCUCCUCGAAUUCACCAACUCUAUCAACCCCAACCCACCUCCUAAUCGUCCUCGGCUCAGGCGGCCACACAGCCGAAAUGCUCAACAUGCUCUCUCAGGUCCCGAAUCUCGCAACCGACUUCACCCACCGCACAUACGUCAUCAGCUCCGGCGACGACUUUUCAGCGUCAAAGGCACACGAAUUCGAAAAGUCGCUUGAACCAGGCCCCAAGGACAGCUCCGCUGCCUCUCCCAGACUUGAUUCCGCUGGCCGUGACUCUGACCAUCGCAUCAAACAAGAAGAAUCUACAAGUCAAUACAACAUCGUGACCGUCCACCGCGCCCGAAAAGUCCAUCAAAGUAUUCUCACCACCCCGGUAUCGAGUCUUUUGUGCUUAUGGGACUGUAUUGGAGUGUUGAGAGGGAAGAAGACCACGAGACGUCAGGGUCACAGCCGGCUCUACCCAGAUCUAAUCCUCACAAACGGCCCCGGGACAGGAGUCAUAGUCAUACUAGCCUCGAUAAUUCUCCGUUUCUUCGGCCUCUGCCCCAGCAGACUCGGACCAAACGGCAGAUGGGACCGGCACGAGAUGCGCACCAUCUUCAUCGAAAGCUGGGCCCGCGUCAAGACCCUCAGUCUGAGCGGUCGCCUCUUGCAUCCUGUUGUCGAUCGCUUCAUUGUGCAGUGGCCGCAGUUGGCGGAACAACAAGGCUCGCGGUCACGGUCACGAGUCGAAUAUAUUGGGCCGCUGGUGACUUGAUAUGAUGUGAUUGAUGUUCUAUCAACAGUCCCUAAUCCCAUCGGUGAGAGUAGUAGUAUAACCAGAACCAAAAAAAGACUACUGCGACACUAAACUCGGCACCAUACAUAUGGACUCAAUUAUUGAUUUCAUAGAUGACUGGGAGAGCAUGGUCCGGAUGUAGAGUAUACCCAACCCAACAUUUGGUUCACUGCCAUACGAGGUUGUAAUCCGACUGGAGCUGGUGUACAGAUGAUUCGCGAGCAUGGAUGUAAAAAAAAGCAGUAAUGUUGUAGAUGGCUACCACCAACUGAGGUCCAGUUAGAAGUGUUCACUGGGUAUGAUGCAAAUGUACAAUAUACGGUGGUUUUAUGUAUAUGGUACACAGAAUGGAGUUCAAUUUUUGCUUGCCGAACAAUGGCGCCAAACCCCCAUUUUAUGUGUUC